AUGUCUUUGUUUGUACACGAUGACGAAGAGAAUAACAAAUCGACAAUUCCACUUAACUUCAGCGAGCCUGAUAUAGUCCCAAUAUAUCCUGAUAAAGCAAUAAACUUUGUUUUACCUUUGAAAUAUCAGCAGGAAAUUGUAGAGGAUACCUUAACUAAAGAUGGGUUAUUAAUAAUGGGCUGCGGCCUAGGUUGGGACAUUAUAACAGCAAAUUUACUAUAUGCAUUGAGUACACCAUUUGUUGAUUCGAGAACCAAGAAGAAAAAGCGAGGGUUGAUAUUUGUGCUUAAUGCUCAAGAUGAUGAAUUGAUUAGGUUACAAGAAGAAAUGAAUGAUCUCAAUUGGGAAGAUGAAUCUCAACAAGAAAGACUAGUUGUCAUAAAUGGAGACUCUCUACCAUUGAGAAGAAAAAAAUUAUAUGCAGAAGGCGGAGUUGUUGCUAUUUCUUCCAGAGUGUUGGUUGUUGACCUUCUUUCGCUUAUUGUGAGUGCAGAUGAUAUAACCGGACUUUUUAUAUUCCACGCAGAAAGGAUAAAAGAGACAUCAAACGACGCGUUUGUCAUUAAUUUAUACCGGGAUAAUAAUAACUGGGGAUUCAUUAAAGCUUUUUCUGAUGAUUCAGAGUCCUUUGGCGGGUUUACACCCUUGGCUACGAAGUUGAAAAUUUUACGAUUGUCAAAUGUUUUUUUGUGGCCCAGAUUUCACGUCACCAUUUCACAGUCCUUUAAUAUCAAAAACAAAAAAGAUAUGUUGCGUAAACUGGCCACCGAAAUAAGUGUCAAGCUCACUUACAAUAUGAACCAGAUUCAAUCAGCCAUACUUACCUGUAUUCAGGCUUGUUUAGGGGAAUUGAAACGACAUAAUCCAACACUAGCAACUGAGUAUUGGGAGAUGGAAAAUGUACACGAUCCAGAUUUUGUUCGACGUAUUCGUGGAUCCAUGGAUUCUAGCUGGCACAGGGUUUCGUUUACUUCAAAACAAAUUGUGUCCAGUCUAUCGACCCUAACAAAUAUGUUAGUGGGUUUGAUGAAUCUUGAUUCUAUUGCAUUUUAUCAAAAUGUGCAGAGAAUUGUGAAUGAGAACCAGAAACGCCAAGCUGGGAGUAUACACCGUUCACAAAGUCCUUGGUUGAAUCUAGAUGAGGCAGUUAAAAUUAUCAGCUGCGCCAAAGAAAGAGCGUUUGGUAAAAGAGAUGGUAAUUACGUGUUUGAGGAGCUACCCAAAUGGAAUGAGUUGGGGAAAUUAGUCCAUAACAUAUUACAAGAAAAAAGUACCAGUAAUUUGAAAAAUCAAGGUCCCAUACUAAUUGUUUGUUCCAGUAAAAGGGUUGCCCGUGAUUUGACCAGACUUUUGGAAACUAUGCAAGAGGAAAUAAUUGGAGACAAGCGGGUAUUUAGUUGUCGCCGCUUUAUGAAGGAUCAAUUACGAGAAUACGCACAUUGGAGAGAACAGAUUAAUCCCAUGGUGAAAAGAAUUUGGGAGGAAUUGGAGGCAAAGGAGCAAAAGGAAGACGAAUCAGACAUUGUUAUAACUAAAACAUUUACAAGAAAUGGCCAACCAGUCAGCAAAAGGAGAAGAACUAGAGGAGGAAGCGUUGCAGCUCGGGUGAAUAAGUUACGUGCACCAGAAAACUUUGAAACUGUUGAUAUUGACCAAGAAAUGCUUUUGGAAUUGAAGGAAGAUGAAUCUAUAGAUGAAGAAAGGGAUUCAUUAGAAUUCAAAGAGACACAAGAAGAGAACUUUGGGGUAUUAGAUUUGAUAGAAGAAACUCAACAAUUUCAGCACGAUUUUGACUUUGUUCACAUCAACAAAGAGGAACAAGUGAUAGUACAGGCAUAUAAUGAUAAAUUUAAUGCAUCAAUUUUACAGGAAUUACAUCCAUCUCAUAUUAUAAUCUAUGAACAGAAUUUGGCUUUCAUAAGACGAGUUGAAAUGUAUCAAGCUAUUAAUCAUGAAAACCCUGCCCAUGCCUAUUUUAUGUAUUAUGGCGAUUCUGUGGAGGAAGAAAAACAUUUGCGCAGGGUUAAAAGAGAGAAGGAAGCGUUCACAAAACUUAUUAAAGAAAAAGCUACUUUAGGGAAACAUUUUGAGACAAAGGAUGAUAAUGCAAAAUUUCAAAUUAAUAGAAAUAAUAUUGCCAAUACUAGAAUAGCCGGAGGUUCUAAGUUUAAAACUGAAACGGAUGAGUCAAAUGUAAUUGUUGAUGCUAGGGAGUUUGGCUCGUCAACGCCGAAUUUGCUUUAUCAAAUUGGUAUCAAUGUCAUUCCAUGUAUGCUUACUAUUGGUGAUUAUAUUCUCUCACCCAAGAUUUGUGUUGAAAGAAAAUCUAUUUCUGAUUUAGUACAAAGUUUCUCCAGUGGCAGAUUGUUCCAGCAGUGUAAGCAAAUGUUCAGACAUUACGAAUUACCCGUGUUAUUAAUUGAAUUUGAUGGUACGCAAUCUUUUUCGUUGGAGCCAUUCUCGGAAGUUAAAUACACUCGAAUUACAAGGGAUGAAUCUGUUGAAAGUAAAAUUGAAUUAAAUGAAAAGUCAAAUAUUCAGUCGAAAAUACUUCUGUUGUUGUAUGCAUUCCCGAAACUUAAGAUCAUUUGGUCCUCGUCGCCCUACGAGACUGCUCAGAUUUUUAUUGAAUUAAAAGCCAAUCAAGAAGAGCCUGAUGUGGGAACUGCCCUUGACAAAGGAGCUAAUAAAUCUAUUGAAACCGGUGAUGGCAAUCCACCAAUGUACAAUGAUGACGCUAUUGACUUUAUUCAGAAUAUACCUGGAAUCAAUGCAGUUAAUUACCACACGUUGAUUCAACAGGUUAGGAAUAUUGAAGAAUUGGUAUCUUUAUCCAAAGAUAAGUUCAUAUCGAUUUUAGGUGAUGAGAAUGGCAAGAAAGCAUAUAAUUUUUUGAAUAGGAAGAUUAGAUAG